GUUGUUGUCGCUGGUGAUGAAGAAGGAGAGCCAUGUUGUUUCAGUUCUUGGCUUUUCUCAUCAGUUUUCCUAAAACUUGAUAGGAAUGGGUUUUUGGCUCUCACCUUUGCAAACAUUCCUCUCCCUGAUUCUCCAAUGCAAACUUCACCUGCAGCUCCCAUUUUUUUCUCUUAACACUCAAAAUGUCUUUUCUUUUCUUUUUUUUACUUUUUUUUCCUCCUCUUCGAUAGAGUGUAUUUAUAUAGGAAAGAGUAAUGAAGGUUGAAGUUCAUCACACACACAAACAAACACAGUGGGGAGAUAUUUAUUUUGGAAUAGCAUGAAAAAUCAAUGUGUGGUUAUUCUGCAAUAGGAGAGGAGGGUCAAGAAAAGCAUGCUCACAUGGUAAGUGUGAAUCUAUAAGUGAAAAGAAUAUAAAAAAGGAAUCAUGCUUGUGCAUAUAAAAUUGUGGAGGGAGGCUUGCUACCAUUCAUUUGUUGAAAUUGAUAGACGCUUUUGUCACAUAUACAUAUGGGCUUCAAAAGGGCAAAAAAAGAAAAAAAGAAAAGAGAUAUUUAUUGGGCUUUAUUAUAGAGUUAAUCAGCAGUCAAGAUUUUUUGCACAACUCAAUAUCGAGUGGUUCCCACUAUAAACUAAUAAGAGUUUUCAAUGUCACAAGCUUCACUGAAAGACGAUUGCACACCAAAUAUCUCAUCCGAGUAUAAUAUUUGACAAGAGCGAGCUGGAAUAUCGAACAAGGGGGUGUAGCGCUCGCUUCGCAUGCGAGAGGCACAGGGUUUUUGAUUCCCUGCACCUCCAUCUCCUUUUUUCACUCUUAUCACCAGAAAUGUAUUUUGUAUGUUUAAAACAAUUAUCAUUUUUAUUCAUCAAGAUAAUUAGUUUUAACAUACUAUUCACUGUUAUAUGAGAAAGACAAUCAGUUUUUAGAGCUAAAGAUGAAGAAAAGCGAAUAAAGUUUCCGUAUUUACGAUCUUAUAAUUUGUUUGCAUCAACUCCAAUGUAGCCCAUGUAACGUUUGACCAAGUGGUACAACAAGUCAACGAAUUAAGUUGCAUCGAGAUUUUAAAAUUACCAACUAGAAGAACUCUUUGUUUAAUCCUCCUUGCUUGCUCAUCAAGAACUGGCGCGGAAUCUGUUAACUCAACAUGCCCAAUAAAAAAUAAUGAACCUCGAUCUUGACUUUUAUAAAAACCAAGCACAGCUCUCCAAUCCCAACUCACACACAUGGCUUCAUGGGCCCGAAUCCGCCUCUUGUGGCGGUGGGCCGUCGUUCUCUGCGGCGUGGCCGCCCUCCUCACCAUCCAACUCAACGCCCUCUUUGCCGAAUACAAGAAGGUAUCAAGCUUGAUGGCGCUGCAAUCCCCCCUCCUAUCCAUCCAAGAGCUCGAUCAAGUCGAGUACCUCACCCUCCUCCCCCCUCUCGGCCUCAAACACCCUCAAACCAUCAACCUCAACCACGAAUUCCUCAACCAAUCCUCCCCCGCCCGCUCCCUCUUCUUCCCCAGUUCCUGGUACGGCACCCUCGAUCCAACUAACACCAACACAAACGCCACCACCCGUUUCUUCUUGCCGGAAAAAAUCUGGCUCGACACCGCCGGCAACCCCAUCCAAGCCCACGGCGGCGGCAUUCUCUUCGAUCACAAAUCCGCCACCUAUUUCUGGUACGGAGAGUACAAAAACGGCAACACCAACCUAGCUGAAUCCACCGGCACCGCCCGCGUCGACGUCAUCGGCGUCGCCUGCUACUCCUCUAAAGACCUCUGGGCGUGGAAGUUCGAAGGGAUCGUGCUGGCGUCUCAUCCCUCCGCCACGCACGACCUCCACAAAUCGAAUGUUCUAGAAAGGCCUAAAGUCAUAUACAAUGAAAAAACAAACAAAUUUGUCAUGUGGAUGCACGUGGAUGACGCCACGUACAGCAAGGCAGCGGUCGGGGUGGCUAUCAGCGACCACCCGACCGGGCCGUUCACGUAUGUACGCGGCACCAGGCCUAAUGGCUUCGACAGCCGCGACAUGACCGUGUUCAAGGACGAAGACGACGGCGCGGCUUACCUGAUCUACGCGUCGGCGAGGAACAAAGAGAUGCACAUUAGCCGUUUGAGUGAUGAUUAUAUGGAGGUGGAGAACGUGACGGUGAGGGCGCUGAUCGGGAUGCACCGGGAGGCGCCGGCGGUGUUCAAGCACGGAGGGGUGUACUACAUGGUCACGUCCGGGUGCAGCGGGUGGCUGCCCAACGAGGCGCUGGUGCACGAGGCCGAGUCGAUGCUUGGCACGUGGGAGACUAUCGGGAACCCGUGCGUGGGGGCGAAUAAGGAGUACCGUGCGGCCACGUUUUUCUCGCAAGGGAGCUUCGUGCUGCCGAUGCCGGGUGGGGGUGGAGGUGACCGUGGUCUGUUCAUUUUCAUGGCGGAUAGGUGGAAUCCGGCGAAUUUGCGGGAUUCGAGGUAUAUGUGGCUGCCGUUGACGGUAAAGGCGAAGUUUGAGAGGUAUGGGCAGUUUCCAUUGUGGUCUAAAGUGGCUAUAUUUUGGCAUGAGAGAUGGAGGGCUCCUAUUAAGGAUAAUGGAGAGACUUAUUAUGUAUCUAAGCCCUUUAUGGCAGGGGAUGAUUUGUGAAUUAACACCCCAAUCCUCUGUUUUUCAAAUGGAAUUUUUAUGUAAUUUUUCAAUUCAAUGUAUUAUCAAAAAAUAUGCUACACAUAUAGCUCCUUUUGUUGGGUAUUA